GCAGGCGAAUGGAGCCGAACCGCUAUCUUCAGUGACCUGGAUUGUGGAGGGUCUCGAUUCUGCCCAGCUCAGCGGAGAAGAUAAUACUGCAGAUGGAGUCUUGACGUGAACGAUGCCGCUGCAGGGCAGCGCUGUGCCCGGAGCGUCCGCCAAGCUGAAGGAGGAGCCGGCUUGAGAAAUUCCUGUAAUCGUAACACCCUUAACUACACCUGGAUUACAGCAAACUCACCUCACUGUUUGUACAUCGAUCUUCUACAUGGAUAUGGAGGGAGCAGGAUAGCGGGAAGAUGAGACCAGAUCUUCGCAAUUUAAGGGUGCACCAACGUAGCCAAUGGAUCUAAAGAGAGUGCUAUCCUUCCCCCCAUACCCCGGGGAUUACCUGCAUCCAGUGGUGUAUGCCUGCACCGCAGUUAUGCUGCUCUGUCUGCUUGUCUCCAUCAUGACUUACAUUGUCCACCACAGUGCGAUCCGAAUCAGCAGGAAUGGCUGGCACACACUCCUCAACUUCCUCUUUCACACGGGACUGACAUUUGGUAUUUUUGCUGGUGGAAUCAAUCAAAUCAACUUACCUUUUGUGUGUCAGAUUGUUGGCAUUGUGCUCCACUAUGCUUCUCUGUCUACCAUGCUGUGGCUGACCUUCACUGCUAGAAACAUCUGUAAAGAUGUUUCCAAAGACCCACUUCAGGCACAGGAGAGGAAUAGGGCUUCCCAGACUUGUACCAAACCAGCCAUCCUCAGGUAAGCUAUGUUUAUUAUUAUUAGUCCAGGUGUGGACAGCAGUCUAAUUGGAGUUACAGCAGCAUUUGGUAUGGAUAACUAUGGCAGCAGAGAUGAUGCACUGUAUUGCUGGAUGGCAUGGGAACCAAGUCUGGGUGGUUUCUAUGCUCCCAUGAGUCUUCUGGUCUUAGUCAUGUGUGUGUACUUCUUGUGGACUUACGUCCAGCUGAGGCGCCACCCAGAAAGGAAGUAUGAGCUGCGGGUUUUAAGUGAAGAGCAGCAACAGCUGUCAUCAAAUGAGUCGCACCAUCACUGCCACGCUGACACUGGGUCUGCUGGGGACUGCCAGCCCUUUGCUGCUGGCGUGUCAGUUCUGGCCAAUGAGCACUCUUUUAAAUCUCAACUCCGGGCCACAGUCUUCACCCUCUUCCUGUUCCUGGCUACCUGGACUUUGGGAGCAUUGGCUGUUUCACUGGGACAUUUCCUGGACAUGAUAUUCAGUUGUCUCUAUGGUGCUUUUUGUGUCACUCUGGGACUCUUCCUUCUCAUCCAGCACUGUGCUAAGCGUGAUGACGUGUGGCACCGUUGGUGGGCUUGUUGCCCAUGCAGAUCAAAGACAGAGGAUGGGCCUGGGGGAGGACAGAGCCAGAGGCAGGAACUCCAUCAGCCACACUGCCAUUUGAAUUCCCCACUCUCAGUGAAGCAGCAGAUGCUUUCUCCUUACCCCAUUCAGAGUUCUCACCACAGAACAACACCACCUUCCCAAAGCCCAGCAUUAAAUCACACAGGUCCCUGCUGUGUGGCUGUAAUGACUCCUGUUAGCCCUUCCCCCAUCUCACCUCGUGCUGACCAAAUGCCUUCACCACGUCCACAGUCACUUCCUGAUGAGCUCCCUCAUCCAGCUCUUCCCCUGCAGAGUUGCAUUGCUGAUAGAACAAAGACACGCUCUUUCAACCGUCCACGCCAAUGCUUCCAGGAUUACCGGUCUCAUAUCACUUCCACCAGUAUGGAUGGGAGUGUGCACAGUACUCACCUGGACAGUCCUCAUAAUGUGCACCACAUUGAAGCCUCACCACUGGUUUCUAAUAGUCCACACCCAGAUCUCCAGCUUCCGUACAUCAGCCCUCAUUUAGAUAGCCAACUUGUAGUGUCCUGUCACAGCUUGGAACGCCAGACCUCCUGCCACAGCGUGCAAGACUCGGUUGCUUCCUGUCACAGUCAUGCCCACAACAUGCAUGACAGUAUCUCUUCCUGCCACAGCCUUCUUAUGCCUUCUCAUGGGGACGACACGAGUCAGUGGCGCAUGUACUGCUCAGUCGAUGACUCUUCCAGCACAAACUGUUGUGAGAGAGCUGAUCCCGUCACCUUGCAGUAUGAACAAGACCCUGGCCAUUUGAGCUGGAUGUCAAAGAUGGCAGACAAAGAAAAGAUCUGUCUAGAGCUGGAACAGAAAGGUUUCCCAAGGAACACCCUACCUCGGCAGCAUGGCACUGUGAACCGACGGGGACCCAUUGGUCGAAACAGGAGUCUGCAGGAAGAUAGCCUGUUUGGUUCAGAUGCCACAGGAAACAUACGGACAGGCCCCUGGAAGAAUGAAACCACCGUAUAGUCUUGAAAUCCUUGGAGCAGCCAAACCGUCCAGCAAAUGACUUUUUGUUUGGGUCCCUUUGCCUUCCAGGCCCUAAGACCACAGUUUUUACAUCCCAGUAAUAUUUCAGAUCUCUUUAUGUCAAAGUUAACAUUUUAUUGUUUCAAAAAUCAGAUCUGAAUAAACACACACACACACACACACACACACACACACACACACACACACACACACAAUGGUCAGUUAAUGUUAAAUAUUUUUUCUGCUCCAUGAAAUUUAAAUCAGUAUUAUAUAUUGAUCCUAAGGAGCAGCCUGGAAACAUAUCAGUGUUACUGAAAGAAGUUCACACUCCUAUUAUAGUCCAAGGAUAUGCAGACAGGCAAAAAAAAAAAACCCUCAGAAAGGCAAGUGAAAGUCAUGCAUCGACUAGACGUGAUCAAAAAAGAACUGAAGGGUUAUUUUUUGAAUGAAACAGACCAAACUUUGAUACAGGACAGCGGUGAUAGUAAGAUUUAUUGGAUCAGUUCAUUUACCACAGAUAUUGAUUAAGAGACCUGAUACAAUCAAAAAUUUAAAAGGUGAAAAUCCUUAGAAGUCUUACCACUCAACAGAUACUGUGAAAUGUUUCAGAGCAUAAAAACAUACUUUUCUUAAAAAACAAAUUCUGGAAGGUGUACAUCUCUCAGUAACUUUACUGUUUGAGAAUUCAACAAUCUUGUUAUCUUGUUAUCUUGUUAUCUUGUUAUCGUGUUGCCCUGCCCUUCCCAGGCGCCUCUAAUCCUCCUAUUGCUCUUGAACAGUUCAGCUUUAUUUAUACAGUGCCAAUUCACAACAACAGCUGGCUUAAGUCACUUUAUAUUGUUGUGUCUUACAAUACAGAUUACAGUUUUUAAUAUUAUUAAAAUAUUUAUAAAUAUUUUUAAUAUUUUCCUUGUGGUUGCUACCAGAUUGCUGUGGUCGCCUGUAGUUUGCAUGCAUCAGAGGUGAAUUGUCUCCAUUUCCAACGUGUGUUGCACUUUUCACAGUUUUACUACCACUUAUAUCAAGUACUUAGCAAGUGUUGUCAGACAGGUCUGGCUGUUUGGCGACUGUGGCAAUCUGUUACUGAAUAAACAUUUGCAAGGAGGCUUUUUUGUGCGGCACUGUAUACCUCUUUUUGACCAAUUUUAGCUUGUGAGAGCAAGUUAGUUCCCGCAUUUGCCAAGUGGUCGGGCAAUACACGACUGCGAAUAACCUCUACUGGAAAAUUUUGUCUAACAACCAAGGGAUGAAAGGCAGCUUCCAAUCAUUCACUAGUGGUGUGUGACUGGGGCCUAAAGAUGUGCAGUUUUGCAUGGACACAGAUAUUAGUGCAUAUUGUAUUAGAAGGAGCUUGUUUUUCAGAGUGCAAAGUGUUGUGAGAAAAUAUUUAUUUGAAUUAAGGUUGACUUGCAGAAUUCAAUUAAUUUCAUUCUAAAAAAACAGCACAUAGUAUUUCACUACUGAUGUGGUGAAAUAAUAAUAAUAAUAAUAAUAAUAAUAAUAAUAAUGUGUCUGUGAGUGUUCAUUCCUUUGGAAUAGAGUAUAACUUCACUGAAAUCUCAGCAGUGCGCUUGCACAAAACCCUUUUUUCAUUUUCAAUUAGGAUAUUUUGGAUUCAUAUUAGGGAU